ACAGCAGGUCCUUUCGACCCGCCAUCUAUUAAACCCUCUAUUUGUAACUUAUAAUGUGGCGCCCCCACGUGGCGUUGCAAACUUUUAGGCCUGUGUGCAACUGGACAGCUGUUACCCGCCUGUAACACUGGAUGUCAGAGGUAAGGUUAAGUCGUGGCUGAAAUGAUCGACUUUUUGGACUAAUUUCAUGAAGAUUAAAUAUCAUUCAACCUUUUAACUCAAUUAAUAGAAGCUUCAUAUUCAGGGUCUGUUGUAGACAGUUAGAAACUAAAAUAUAUAUUUUUUUACUGUCAGUUAUUAAUUUUUCAAACAUUUAAAGCAACAAAAAAUAAAAAGCACCCACAAAUAUUUAUGUCUGUUUCCUCGAUUUAAGCUCCUGGUGUUUGGAUGUGGAUUGAUGCCUUUUUUUUUUUCAUUUGCGCUCAUGUCGCUCUAUUAAUGCUUUGAGCUCGGUAGCAAAAUGGCCUCUGCCUUUUCAUUUGUUGGGGUUUUUUUUCAUUCAGUCAGAUUGUUCAACUGCUGUAGCGCCCCGUUGUUCUCUGUGUGGAUGUGGGCUACAAAGGAGGCAGGCAGCGGCGCACAAGUCCCGCCUGUAUUUCCCUCUGGAGGAGUCUCAGUAUCGGCGCUCCCGACUGGGGAUUGGAGCGGCGGCUUGUCAGUAAAUUAGCCCACCCUUCACACAGUGUGUAGGGAAAGCGAGCCAGACACUGACGGAUCUGAUCUCCCACUCUUCAGCUGCCUGUCACACCAGCACGCCACGAUACCGACCCGCAGCCGUCCGCCGCGCUGUGACACCUGGUCGGGAUGGAGGGAGAGAUGCAGCCCGCAGAUGAAGGGCCCUGCGCCCCGAAGAUGUGCCGACAACAACGGGGUCCGUACAGCACCCUGAAAACCUUCCAGAGCAAGCGCUCGGCGGGCAAGUCGCGCUUUGACAGGUCCGCUGUGGUCGAGGUGCCUCUCUUUGGUGACGGACAUCACUUCACUUUCCAUCCCGAGCAGCCUCAUCCUUUCCAGCCGCACCAUCACCAUCACCUCCACCAGCAGCAGCAGCAGCGUCUGCAGCCGCUCCACCAAACCAGCGUCGCUAUCAGCAGCAGCCAGCAGCAUCACCCGUCGCCUCAGCAGCAGCCACAGCAUCGUUUCCCAUGUGAGAGCAGGCCCAGCAGCAGGGUCCCGACUUCCACCUCGGCGGCGGCGGCGGCGGCGGGCAGCGUGGCGGCGGCAGCAUCUCUCGGUACCCAGCAGCGACGCGCCAGCAGCGGCGGAGCGGAACCCAGAUUCUCCCCAGACUGCACCUACGGUAUCAGCUCAGAAAACCGUCUCAUCUUGGAUGCCUUUGCUCAGCAGUGCAGCCGAGUCCUCAGCCUCCUCAACAACGGCCGUCUCCUGGAGUCUUCCACCUCCUCCUCCUCCUCCUUUACCUCUAACAUCAAGCUGGAAGACACUCAGGGGCUUCACUGCACCUCACUGGGGAAGUCCAAACCUGAAGAAAGCUCUUCUACCACAGACCCAGAAGAGGAGGCUCAACAAAGCCAUUUGAACCAACAACAGACCUCUGCCGUACUCCGCAUCUUUACAGACUCCCUACAGAACUAUCUCCUCUCAGGGCCUCAGCAGCAGCAGCAGCAACAUCUGGCUGCAGGUCUGGAGGACGAGCAGUGUCCGUCGGCAGAGCCCGGUUCAGGGGUGUCUCCUCCAAGUCACAACCUGGGAGGCUGGGGCUCGCCGACUCCGUCCGAGUCGUACGGCCACCCGUCGUCCACGCUGCCUGAGGAGGAAGAGGAGGAGGAGAACUGCUGUCCACGCUGCCUGGAGUUGGAGCAGGAGGUUUUGUCUCUGCAGCAGGAGAACGAGGAGCUCCGCAAUAAGCUGGAGAACAUCCCAGUUCCCUGUCAAAAUGUUCUUGACUACUUCAAGACUGUUCUUGAGUUUCACAACCAGCUGGUCCAGUCGAUGCCAGAGGAGCAGCUCACAGAGGAGGAAGAACGGCAAACAGUCUUUGAGGGCAGUAAACAGCUCCUGGAGAAUUAUCCUCUUUUCAUCACUAAUAAGCAAUGGGAUGAAGCCGUCAACUCCUCAAAGAAAGAUGGCAGACGGCUGCUGCGCUACCUAAUACGCUACGUCUUCACCACAGACGAGCUGAAGUUCUCCUGUGGUUUGGGCAAAAGGAAGCGUUCAGUCCACUCAGGGGAGCCGGGCCUGGAGAGACGGCCGCUCAACCCCGUCAAAGUCAGCUGCCUCAGAGAGUUCAUCCGGAUGCACUGUGCCUCAAACCCAGACUGGUGGAUGCCGUCAGAGGAGCAGAUCAACAAAGUGUUCAGUGAUGCCGUCGGUCACGCUCGUCAGGGCCGGGCGGUCGGUACGUUCCUCGGCAGCAGCGGCAGCAGCACCAGCAGCCUCUAUAUGGACAGCUUUGACGGACACCUGUCGCAGGACGAAUUGUAUUUAAAAGGCUGCCAGAAUGGCCAGUCAGAUUGAAGUCACAGGAGAAAUUAAAGACAAAUGCCUGAAAUGUAGCUGUACAACAACAUAUCCCAAAACACUGACCUUAACCUGUCACUUCACACAGUGAAGAAAACAUUCCAGAAGAAGUUUAUCACACAGAAUAUAACUACAGUCCUCUUCUCAAGUAGUUUUGUAGCUUUUUGCCAUUUUUAUAUAUAAAAUUUUGUUCAGCAAAAUCUGACUCUUAAGGUACAUUUUAAAUUUAACAAAAUUUUAGUCUUCCAUUUGCUGCUUUUUCUAUGGUUUAAAGAGCAGUUCUGUCACUAUCAAUUGAAUAUUCCUGUUUUCUUUACAGGGAGGUUGUUUUAUACACACAGGUUGUUUCAUUUUCUCACAAUUAACAUCCAUAUUUAAAGGUCAUCAGGAAACUAUUUGUGUUCAUGCUGCCCAAGUUAGAGACUUGUUACAUCCAUCACUGACAUUGUAACCUCCAUCACCUUCAUCAUGGUAAGUAGCAUUUAAUAUUUUUACGCAAAAUUCUGCGUUAUCGGCGAAGCACCUUUACUUGCAGCCUUUCUACAGGAGUGCCUCUGAGAAAGUCAUGUUUUGUUACCUGUAGUCUUGCACUUAACGUUUCCAUUUUUGUCUUCAUUUGAGCCAGUUCUGACGCGUUAUGGUUUAUUUCUUAAACAGAAAAAUGCAUUUAAAAAGAAAGUCUUUUCAAUGUGCUCAACUUCCCCUCGGGUUGGUCUGUUUUAAACUUCCUACAGCAGAUUUCAGGAUAUGCAACUAAAACAAAAUGUGUCAUAUUGCAGAGCACCUAUAAAAUUAGACACACAGACAUCUUCAGCGUUAUAAAAUACUGAGGAAUUUCUUCAUUUGCUUCUCAGUACAACUUCAACCAAACGGUGGUUUUCCUAAAUUUGAUCUGAUAUUUGUUCCAUCUAAUGGAAAUCUCAUAGUUACAGGUUUGAAGAAAAAGAUUGAAAACUAGGAAACAGAAAAUACACUACUCUUUUUUACUCUAAUUGAUAUUUAUGGCAUAGCUAAUUUUAUACAUCCCGAUACUUAAAGGCUUGUAGGAAUACAACUGUAAUGUCUGUCUAUCCAAGCAGAAUUUACUGUAUUUUACAAACACUCCACCCUUACAUUGCUGCAGCACUCGUAGAAGACGUUUUGUGUAAGGAUGGGCCGACGUUAAGUCUUUUGGUUUAAGGCAGCUGCCAUAUAAUAAUGCCUUAAACCUGUUAGAAAACCUCCACAGUGUAAAGUGUUAAAGCUGUGUGUCAGAAAUUAUGUAAUGUGGGUUGUUUCUGUCUCAACCUUGAGUUGUGAAGCUACAGUUUCUUUAUAAUGACAGAAAAUAUCCACUUUUAAACAACUAUCUGUUGACCCAUGUGGAAAACAUUGAGCACUUAUUUCCUUCUGAAGCUCUUAUUUGCACUUUUAAGUGUCUCAUUGUGGCUAAAGCUGCUCUACAGUGAGAAGCCCUUGAGCAGUAUUCAAGCAUUCUUAUUCUUUGACUUUGUAUUUAUUUUAUUUGGCACUCAGUAACUUCACUCCAUGACAUUGUUUUCUACGUUUGAAUGUACCAGAUUUAUUGGGUCAGUUUGCCACGUUGACAGUGCUGUGUAAAUGUGUAUUAUAAAGUACAGUUAUUGUGUGAGGUGUUCUUGAAAUACCACGUCUCUCUCUUUAAAAAGCCAAGUAGAAAAGUGCCACAGAAACCUUAAACCAGUUGGAUUCUGUCGUUGUGUUGAUGUUCUGAAUGUGAGCAUUUAUUUGUAUUUACUCCUUUACCCUCAAAGUGGCUGUUAUCAACACUGUGAAACAUCAGUCGGAUUUUUACGGAUCAAAUAGUUUCUGUUGUUUUUUUAAUUUAUAAUAAAGAAAACAAGCACUGAAGCUGGGAACUUA